AGCCGAGAAACGCUCAGUUCGUUCUUCAGCGCCGAUCGCGACGGUUCAGUUUCUUCUCGCUCCGAAGCAGCGGAUCGCAGUCUCAGCCCGCGACUUUUUCAAUAAUUAAUGCAAAAACACACGUCAAACAAAGCUAUAAAUUGAAAUAACAAAUAUUAUAAAGAAAUAUUCAAGUCCAGCUAACACCGAAACCUGUUCUCGACCACUACAAACAAAGCCGAUCCAAAAUGGGAACGAAAAUCGAGUACGUGGACACCACGCAUCUGUACGCCUCCAAGUACAUUCGCAACUCGAAGGCGAUAGGCGUGCUGUGGGCCAUCUUCACCAUCUGCUACGCCAUCAUCGGAAUCGUGGCAUUCGUGACGCCAGAGUGGAUCGGGGAUCCGGACAAUGACGGAGCUGGGCGCCUGGGCCUCUGGCAGCAGUGCCAGCGGGACGAGAUCUUCGACAACUGCCGCCGUCGCUGGGAGAGCAUCUUUGCAGUGCCCACCUUCUCCUUUCAGUUGGCCACUUUCUUCAUGCUCGGAGCCAUUGCCUUGGCCUUGUUGACCAUUUUUUUCCUCGUGUGCUUGCUGUUUAUGAAGUCGACUCGUGUCUUCCACAUUUGUGGUUGGAUGCAAAUUAUAUCAGCUCUGUGCAUGAUUGUGGCCUGUGCGGCGUUUCCCUUCGGCUGGAACUCGGACGAUUUCCGGAAGAUCUGCGGCCCGGAAGCAAAUCGCUUCGAGCUGGGCCUCUGCGGAAUCCGCUGGGCUUAUCCGCUGGCCAUAAUCGGCUGCAUUGACGGCGUGGUUCUGGCCACGCUGGCCUUCAUCUUGGCCACUCGGCACGUGCGCCUGCAGCCGGAUCCCAUCUACCAGAACUCGCUCUACAAAGGUGAGAUCAACAAUGCUUAUCUGACGGAUGCGAUCAGCCUGGCGGGCUCCCGAAAGUCGAACCCCCGGAUUACUGGCUUGAACCUGCAGCCCAUUCUGCUGGUGGCUCCCCCGAACGAGGACAGCAUAUCGCAGUUCUCCCGGUACCACUGAACUCAGCCAAGACAACAACCGGAAACGCCAAGCUCCAAGUUGGCCAGAAAGCUUUUAGCCGUUAAUGUCUGCUGCUGCAUCGAGUAUCUGUGAGAGUGAAUGCGUGUGUCUGUGAGCGUGUGCCUGAGACUGCCGACUGAAUGCCGAUUUUUGUAGUUCGUAAGCCUAACUUUCGUGUGAAUAGCUUGUGCCUAAACGUAUGCUUCGAUUAGGUUAAGAAGAAAGAGCACGGGGCCCUCCGAAAGCUCUGCCUGUAAAUUAUAUACCCAUAAACACAAUAAACAUGUACAAAUAUCAAACAUAAAA